AUGUCCGGAGAUACCUACCAAGCCGAUGCCGCUAUUAUAGAUGGCGACGGCAACGGCAACGGCAACGGAAAGGCCGAUGCGGCGCAGCAGUCGCCCGGAAGACCGCGCACUAUGACGAGCACGGCCGAGAUCGAUAGUACCAUUAUACAUCCCGGCUCUGUCCGCAUCAACGUGAAGGGCGCAUUCAUUGUUGAUACGACCGAACAACAACCCGGUACUCCCGCGAAUGUGUCUGCAUCCGGCGGGAAUAGUUACCACGAAACAAAAGACAUUCGUCUUCCUAAUCAUACGGCUGUUGUCAGCCAUAUCGCUGUUGAUAUCGGUGGCUCGCUAGCUAAGCUGGUCUAUUUCUCCCGCGAGGCGCAUUCAACUGAUCCCGGCGGUCGACUUAAUUUCCAAUCCUUCGAAACCGAUCGUAUAGACGAUUGUAUCGAGCUUAUGCGACAUCUGCGAGACAAGCAGCUCGCUCUCAAUGGCUCCGAACCUAGCGAACUAUGCGUAAUGGCGACAGGAGGCGGUGCUUACAAGUACUACGACAGAAUCCGACAACGACUCGGGGUAGACGUUCUACGAGAAGACGAAAUGGAAUGUUUAAUUAUUGGUCUCGAUUUCUUUAUUACCGAAAUACCCCGCGAGGUCUUCACAUAUUCCGAGACAGAUCCCAUGCACUUCGCGACGCCUAGCGCUAAUAUUUACCCGUAUAUGCUCGUAAAUAUAGGAUCCGGUGUCAGUAUACUUAAGGUAUCCGGCCCCCGGACCUUCGAGAGAGUAGGUGGUACAUCUCUCGGUGGAGGUACCCUUUGGGGUAUUCUAUCUCUACUUACGCCCGCCGAAACUUUUGAUGAGAUGCUAGAUAUGGCCGCGCACGGAGACAACGCCAAAGUAGAUAUGCUGGUUGGUGAUAUCUACGGUACCGAUUACGGGAAAAUUGGGUUGAAGAGCACCACGAUUGCUAGUUCGUUUGGUAAAGUUUUCCGUAUGAAGCAGGAAGCAGAACAUGAGGCUGAGGAUAUGGGCGGACUUGCAAACGGCGAUGACCAAAACCAGCAACAGCAGCAGAAGAAGAAUUCGCAACAGAAGUCUUCGACGACGAGCGGACCCCAAGCACAACAACCACAACCACAACACCGUCCCACAUCCUCGAGAGCAAGCGAAUUAGCGACGUCACGAUUUUCCAGCGCUGAUAUUUCACGUUCCUUAUUAUACGCUAUCAGUAAUAACAUCGGCCAGAUCGCAUACCUGCAGUCGCAAGUACACGGCCUGUCGCGCAUCUACUUUGGCGGAUCUUUCAUCCGCGGCCAUCCCCAAACUAUGAACACGCUGAGCUACGCUAUCAAGUUCUGGAGUAAAGGCCAAAAGCAAGCUUAUUUCCUACGACACGAGGGGUAUUUAGGUGCUGUAGGCGCAUUUCUUAAACACCAACCCCGAAACUGGGGCCGAAGAGGAAGCUUCGAGAAAGGUGAAGGAUUAGAAGCACGUAUAAGCGGACAUGCGGAAGAGAAUGCCAUAUAA